AUGUCAUUUCAUACGGGGAAAUGUCAUCGUAACCUCAUCGAUUUUUUCGAUGAUCCGAAAAACUGGGGUGAAACCAGCGUGGCUAGUGGAAGACCAUGGCGUAUGGAAGAGCUUCGCUUGAAAAGCAAUGCCGACCUUCAUGAAUUAUGGUACAUUUUGCUCAAGGAACGUAAUAUGUUAAUGACGAUGGAGGAGGAGCAUUAUCGUUGCCUGGAACGAAUGCCUAAUCCGGAAAGAUUCGAAAAAGUGGAGGAAAGUAUGGAAAAUCUUCUACUCGUCAUCGAAGAACGAAACCGUGCUGAAGCAGAACUUGAAAAUGGCGAAUGGAUCGGACCUCAGGUUGUGGAUAGCUUGGAUGUUCUAGGGCGUCCAGUGAAGAAGCUGACCAGCGAACAUGAAGAGCCACGGUGUGCUGAUCGCUCAGCUCAGGCAGAUGAACUGAUGUGGAGUGAGAAGACUGUAGAAUUGCUUCGGUUAGAACGGGAGCGCAGGGCAACUCGACGAAGAGAGCACCAACGACGGGAACGUUACACGAGUCGAAUGGCUCGGUGGCAGAAAUUGGACUAUUUGUCAGAAUCUUCUGGUUAA